AUGACAAGUGGACCUGGUACUUACGCCAUAGACCCCUCGCUCUCGUUGGGGCCUUAUUAUAGCCAGUCGAACAAUGACACAAGGCACAAUAACAAUUCGCACCAUGUACAGCAACCCGAAGUAGACGAUGAUUUGGCCCUUCGCGCCGAGUUGAGCAGAUCGCUCGGCCUGAACCAUUCGACCCACGACUCUGCAGACACAUCGCAACAAGCCUCACCACAGCCACACGAUGACCUGCAACGGAACAUCGACCACCAUCAACACUCACACCCGCAGCCAGCUGCACUACCCUCACCGUCACAAAGAACAUCGCCGUCGCAACAAGCCGCUGUCCCCGACUCCUUGCCCGAGCACCAGCUGAGUCCGCCGCCUGGUCAGCACGUCGCCGACAACAGCCGAGACAAGCGAAGCAAAGUCAGCCGCGCGUGCGACGAGUGCAGACGCAAGAAGAUUCGAUGCGACGCGUUGAAUGAGCAUGAGAUAUGUACCAACUGCAAGCGCUCCAACUCUGCGUGCGCCUUUAGCCGCCAGCCUCUGAAGCGUGGUCCGAGUAAAGGUUACAUCAAAGAGCUCGCCGAACGCCUGAAUGCCCUCGAGGGUCAGAUGCAGCCGCAACAACACGGCCACGUCGAGCAGGAACUACAAACCUUGAUUGCCGAGGCUGCCUACGUUGCACGCGAACAUGCUUCACCGCCCCGUCAUGCUGGCCACAAGCGAAGGCUCUCACAAACAGAGACUAUUGUCCUAGACGGUCCACCGCUACUGGCACCCAGACCUGCUCCAGCACACCAGUCUGCUCAGCAUUCUUCUGCUCCUGUCUCUGCUUCUAAUCCCGCCGCCCUUAAUGGCUAUGCCAAUCCUUACCGUCAUGACCCGCGAAUGUCGUCGUACCCAAUGCAACCGAGUUACCGUCAGGACAUGAGGCCCACACCGCAACCACAACCCGUCAAUACACAACCAUUCUUCAAGUAUGGAGGAGAUACAGGUCGUCGCGAGAGCGUCAGCAUACCUUUCGACACACAAGCAGGCGUCCCAACAUUGGUGGAAUGGGACGAGGAGGUCAUCGACGAGUAUUACCGAACCAUACACCAGACCUUUCCGCUCCUACCACAUUCGAAACACCGUCUUCGUAUGCGCCUGUCCGAGUGUCCUGUGACAUUACGAGAAGCCUUCUUGACCGUCCUGGAAUGUACAAUGCGCACCUUCCCGUCAUUCUCGUCUACCCUACGUCCCCAACAUACAUAUGCACCCAUGAUGAAGCGAGCUGCCGAGCUGCUGGCUGGCUAUCCUUUUGAGAACCCUGCCACGCACAACAGUGGCACCAAUCUAGUUUACCUACAGACGUUACUCUUGAUGGCUCUAGAGUCCGACAACCAUGGUCCAGCGACCGUCAGAGGUCAAGCCGGGCCCUCAAGAGCAGAGUGGUUGGGUCGAGCUGCAGGCGUUGCCGGUCAACUGGAAAUUAAUCUUAUUCGACCACGCGAACGCUUCGCGACUGAAGGCGACCCAGAUUCUGAAGAGCGAUUGUCAAGAAGAGUGUGGUGGGUGCUGUUCAUUCUUGAUCGUUGGCAUGCUUCCAGUACCUCGGAUCUUCUCAAGCUCCCUGAGAAUAGUGUUGUCCUGCUCCCAGAAGACCAGAUUUUGCUUGGUGAAUCAACAUACCACCUAGCACGCCUCUCCUUCAUCAUCGGCCACCUUGCUGCCAUCCUGACCACAACAAAGACUCCCGAGACCAACGUCAUGGCUCCUUCAAAUCCUGCCUCAUCACUUCUAGGAAUGACUCUGGCCGGCGAAAUAGACCGCUUCCGCGAAUCUGUAGAGAGUGUCUGGGGCUCGCUGAACCUGGUUCAUUUAUCCUACCACCACUGCCAUCUUCUGAUCAAACGCCUGAAUCCCACAACAGAGCCUACAGAAUUGAUUGGUCAUGCCGUCAAAGUCGCUACAGUGCUAAAUCAACGUCAGACACCCAUUACACCACUAAAUCAUCACUUUGCAGCUCUCGCGGCCAUGACCCUUUGCGAACUAGUCGACAUUGAAAGGACGCGCUCCGAGGCUAUCAGAGGACUCGAGCAAAUUUCCGAAGCGUUAGGAUUUGGUCGCGGUCUCGCUGGCCAUGAAAAGUCGACAGGAUGGGAUUCUGCAAUCAGAGACCUGAUUGUACAGAAGAGAAAUAAGUUGCAGUUGAUUCUGGGUGGCAUCGAGCAACUACCUCCUGGAUUGCAGCAUCUGGCUCAUGCUUCGGCUGGAGACGGUGGCAGUGGGACUUUGACGCCUAGUUCAGCGCAAGGAAAUGUCUCUGCUACGAGCGUGGCGGGAGAGAAUGGUAGACCCGGUAAAUUCGAUCCUACCAUGCUAACAAGAUAUGGGUAUCUUACUGCUUUGGGACAGGGCAUGUUUGUCUCUAAAUAA